AUGAAAGUUAUUCGUCCAUCAAAUCGAGUACCCAUCAUCUCACAUCCACAUUUAGACCGUCGUUUAAGAGAAGCUCAACAUACACAUUAUUUAAGAUACGGUGGUCGCACCGAUAGCGAAUUUGAACGAAGUCGUAUUCCUUCAUCAUACUCUGCACAUCAUAUGAAAAUGCAAGAGAAGAAAUGCUUGGAGAGCAGUCUAGAUCAGAUCAAUCUUGAAGUGAAUCAUUUACGAGAUUGCAUCAAACUACUGUCGCCGUUAUAA